CUCUCUUCCUUUCUAGUUUCCCGGCGCUCCGUCGUCAGUUUUUUUUUCCCUCGACGGAGACCAAUUUAUCCGCCGGACCUUUUUUUUCUGCUUGAAUUGGAAUGCCGUCUCUUUGAGCGAUGAGAAAACCCUAAUUUCUUGUAUUAGAGAGGUGUUUUGAUAAAUCCCGAGCAAUGAGCGCCGAGAGAGCAUCAUUUGAAGGCGAUAGAAGAGAUCCCGCUUCUUCCUCGAGCUGUUCCGACUCAUACGAGUUUAGCCACGCCGCCGCCAAAGUCGCAGUAGCUCAGGUCUGCGAGAGCGUCGGCUACGAGCAUUUCAAGGAUCCGGCACUCGAAACUCUAGCGGGAUUCGCGGUCCAGUACAUUACUCAGCUAGGUAAAACUGCUACCUUUUUCGCUAACCUAACUGGUAGGAGUCAGUGUAACGUGUUCGAUAUUGUUCUCGCUUUGGAUGAUUUGACUGGAAAUGUCGACGAACGGAUCUCGUCUGAGAGCUGUUCUGCUGGGCGUUCGGUUAAACUUAGGGAAAUCAUCGAUUUCGUGAAUUCGAGUGAAGAAAUCCCUUUUCUACAGCCAUUGCCUCGUUUUCCUGUAGCUGUAAGUGAUACGAGUAGGAACAAGAUGAUGAUUCCUAGUUUUGUUGAGAUUGGUGAAACCCCACCAGGGAAACACAUUCCUCUUUGGCUACCAGCAUUUCCUGAUCCUCAUACUUACAAGGAAACACCUAUGUGGAUCGAAAGGGCACCUGAUCUUAGAGGAGACAAGAUUGAACAAGCCAGGCAGAGGCGCAAGGCAGAGAGAGCUUUGUUGAGUUUGCAGAGGAAACUUGUCUGUAAAAUCUCCUCAGGGAAUCCUGUCUGGGGAGAUUUGGAUGGCGUUAUGAGAGAAGCUGAGAGUGAGCUGUGUUCUGUAUCGCCUUCCAUGUCCGGGGAGAAAGUUGAAUCAUUGACCAGAGAUGGCUUAUCAGUGAUAGAGGCCUUUGCUCCUGCCAUGGAAACUGCAAGAGAUGGGCUGUCCAGUGAAGCUCACACUGACGGGAAGAAGAAAAAACCGGUUCUUCUCUCUAAGCUCAGGACUGAGAAGAAGUUUCUCGGGGAACCGUUGGAUCUAAGUCUGCAGAUGAAGGGUGAAGAUAGAGCCUUAUCCUUUGUGCGUGAGGAGGAUAGAGAUGACAAAAGGAGGAGGGCAGAGUUCAUUUUGAGACAGUGCAUGGAGAACCAAGUUGACCUCAAUCAGUUGUAAAAAUUCAUUACAGUCUGUAUUAGCGUAGUUUUUUUAAUUGUUCAUCAAAAUUGUGAUUUGUAGCCUUUUUCUUUACAGGAAUAUGUUAUGAUUACGAUUUUACAGGACUAUUGUUAUGAUUCCAUAAAAGAAUGAGAGUUUCUAACCC